GGUGGUCACUCUUCCUUAACUUGCAUGCUUUGCCUCGAGCACCGCCCCCUCGCCGCAAGCAAGUCACGUGACAUGACUCCCCGCCGUCUUCCUUCUCCCUCCCUCCCUUCCUCCUUUCUCCAUCUCCACCCUUUCACUUCGGCUCGGCUCCUCCUUUCCCGACCCCAGCACCUGGCCUUGUCCGGCUCUGAUUGGCUGGCGGUUGGCGCCGCAGUGCAUGCUUGGUGGGGGUAUGUACUGUGCACUUUCCCUAAAACAGGGAGACCUGGUGGCGGUGGUGCCGUCUGUCUCCCAGGGGCUCUCGGUGUCCUGCGCUUGGCAGAGCACCGGCCAGAUCCAGCGCAAGAUCUACGACUGGGUACUGAGUCUCCCAGUUGUGGGGCAGUAGCAGCAGUGGGGGCCCGUGGAGUGAAGAAUGGCACAGUCCCCUCGAGGUCUCUCGUCUCGGUCGGAAUCCGCCUCCCCUGGAAUCCGAAUAUUUCCCUCGUGAGCUAUUGGGAAUCUUCUUAGAGCGAACCUUUAAGGGAGAAGAUCCAUGAGGUGGAAUCUGGGAGUCAAACACUUUCAUCCCUCAACAACAAAAUCCUUUGAUUUUUAAAUAUUGUUGGAGGCUGCCUUGGAGCACGAAUGAAAGAUGGGGAAGGAAGACCAAGCUAGCUGCGAAGCAGGAGAAGGCCUUGAGGCCAGACAAGUGGGGAGCUCUGGGGAAUUCUGGGAAAGGGCCAAGCAGAAGAGGCUGGUUGAGGACAUCAGGAGCUCAGAGGCCCAGCACCUGCGCUUCAGGCAGUUCUGCUACCAGCAGGCCAAGGGCCCCCGCCAGGUUUGCAGCCGAUUCCACAGCCUUUGCCAUCAGUGGCUGAAGCCAGAGAGACACACGAAAGCUCAGAUGCUGGACCUCGUGAUCCUGGAGCAGUUCCUGGACAUUCUGCCCCCGGAAAUGGAGAGCUGGGUCAGAGAGUGUGGAGCAGAGACCAGUUCCCAGGCAGUGGCCCUGGCAGAAGGUUUCCUCCUGAGCCAGGCAGAGGACAAGAGGCAGGAAGAACAGCAGGUGCAAGAACUGUUGUCGGAAGCGGCCCCUGACUUCCCUGAGGCCGAGAAGGCUCCAUCAGGCACCAGGCAGAGGCCUCUGUCCAAGGAGAUCCCCAGGCAGGAGGGCAGCAGUGGGGCCACCUUGCUGGGUGCUGGAAUGACGCUGCCAAUGCAUUCUCAGCCCUCACUUCUGCCUGGUGGGAUGGAAGAUGCUUCAAGACCACCGAAGAAGGGCCAGGUGAGCUUUCAGGAGGUGGCUGUGCAUUUCACAGAAGAGGAGUGGGCUCUGCUGGAUCUGGACCAGAGAACCCUGUACAGGGAAGUCAUGGAGGAGAAUAGGAGGAAUGUGGCCUCUCUGGGGUCUACGGAGGAGGUGUCCAGCAAUCCUUCUUGCAGUGUUAGGUUGGAUCAGUUUCAAUCUGUGAUUCCUGAGGAUGUGGACAAGCUGCUUGGAGCAGUGCGGUCCACCACUUGUUCUCUGGACCCUUGCCCGACUUGGCUACUUCAAUCUUGCCUGAUACGGAGGGAAUGUGCAAUGGAGGAUUAUUGGCUGCUGUCAGCAGUAAAAAUAGAGAGAAACAGAGAAUGAACACAGAAGCAAAACAGAAGAACAGGAAUGGAUCUUCUGUUUCUCAUCAUGGAGAAAUCCAUGACCCAAAUUUUCAACCUCAGUGGGAAAUGCACAUUGAAGAGAAACCAUAUAAAUGCUUGAAGUGUGGAAAGACUUUCAGUGAG